AGUGAAUAUAGAGUGUGCGUUUUUGCGUGUGCGUUCCCUUUUGUGUGUCUUCCUUCGAGAAAAGAAAUAGAUAAGAAUUAGUGCGAGAUAACGAAGCUCGGGGUGGUAUCAGGAAAACAGUGCGCGAGUGGUUAAGAUAGGGUAAAAAACGAAAACCAGGAAAAGUGUGGAGGACAAUUUUCGCCCAUCGGAGAGAGAAUGUUCACUUUCGCUUUCGUUCCGUUCUUCCUUAUCCCCUUCCUUCUUUCCCCAUUUCUGAUCAUGUCGGAGAGUACACCCUCCGAGAGAGAGAGAGAGAGAGAGAGAAAGAGAAGUAGAUAGAUAGAUAUAAAUAGAUAGAUAGAUAGAUAGAUAGAUAGAUAGAUAGAGAAAGAUAUAUAUAUAGAAAGAGAUAGAGAGCAAGAGAGUGACAAGGGAGAACGAAGAAACAGUGGGGUGGUGUUGGUUUCUAAAAAUCAGAAAAAAAAAGAAAAAUGUUCGAUGGGUAGAUCGAACGCAUGUUGGGUUCAUCCUGACGGAAGUCGAUUGUCCUUAGGACUCGAUCCUCGCCGUCUUAUCCACCACCAUCGGCAGGAGUAAUAGCAGCACCACUAUCACACCACCACCACCACCACCAUUGCUAGCAGCACCACCGCUAGCAGCGGCAGCGGCAGCGGCAGCACCACCACCACUACCACUACCAUCGCCGCCACCGCCACCACCACCGCCGGCGACGCCUCCUGGCAAAGCCGGUGGCACGGUAGUGUCCUCGAGAGCACGCCGUGCACGCAUCGGUGCUGCGAAUGUUCCACGGCUCUCUCUCGCGACGGCGUGAGUCGACGAGAACGCGCGUCGUGUCGUCGUCGGCGAGUGACGGAAACUACGGCGCCAACCCCCACCGAAAUACUCCUUUCUACGAAUACUACUACCAAUACUACUACUACUACGAAUACUACGAAUACUACUAUAGGCUCGGUUUAGUCGCUUCGUGGAUGCUACGCGCAGUGUAUGGGAAACAGAUCGUACAAAUCAAUCGCCUUCUAACAAGCCGCAUUAACCUCAAGUGAUUUAUAUUUUCUUACGAAGCGCGAAAGAAGUAAUUAGUGUGUUUAUAUCGUAUAAAAGAAGAAGAAAACAAAAAAAAAGAUAUUCAACAAGAGCUUAGGUUCAGAAAAAGAAGAACAAGACGAAAAAGAAGAAGUAGAUGAAGAAGACGAAAAAGAAGAAGACGACAAAGGUUUAAAAGUUAUAAUAUCUACCUAGUGUACAAAAAUAUAUCUGAGAGAAAAGUACAAACGAUAAAAAGUUACAAAAAAUAAAAAAAGAAAUAAAGUACAUACAAACACGAACACAAAAGCACACACAUAUACACGACGAAACAAAAAGAACACAAAUAAAAAUCCGUCAGUGCCAAAUCGAAAAGACGUGGAAGGAAUAGACAAGCGCGAUUAAUAGUUGUUGUACAUUUAAAGGAAAAAGUAUACAGAGAACGAGAGAGAAAGAGAGAGAAAGAGGAGAAGAAAGCAAAACCAUAAACCAAAGAAUCUACCAUUUUUUCUACUAAUCACUCAGCGAAUAACGAUAUUCUUAAAGCAAAAGAAAGUGACCAAGAGUGAGAAAAAGAGAGAGAGAGAGAGAGAGAGAGAGAGAGAGAGAGAGAGAGAGAGAGAAAGAGAGGAAGAGAGAUAAGCAUCGAGACUUCCGUGAUCCCAAACUAAUUAAGUGAAAAUCAUCCGCGUAAAGUUUUUUGUAAACUAUAUAAAUUUAUAUAAAUAAACGUUAAGUAAGAAGUGAAUCUUUAAAAAAGCGCUCGGCUUCAAUCCGAGACUUACAUUUAGCGAUGUCAAAUGUCCUUUGGUAACGAAAUCAGAGUUCGCACGGACUGGUGCAUAUCGAAUUGGUGAGGAGGAAGAGAAAAGGAGAGAGAGAGAAAAAAGAGAAUACCCAUCUACCAGUCUCAAGCUCCAGAGCUACGAGCUCCAGAGCAAAAGAGGAAAAUAGAAAAAGAACGAGGACUGUCGUUCGAAUCGAGUAGACCUCCUGCACGCAGGAGGAGCGUUAAAAACAGGAUGACGUGGCGAGGAAGAUGAGCGCCGAGGUGACGAAGGAGGUCGUCGCCACCGAGAGGGUAGCACCGAGCCCUCCGGCGGCGGUAGCGACCUCGCCAACCUCUGGUGACCCGGCUCGUCACCUGCCCCCGUUCAGCAGCUUCGCCGGGGACAGCACGAUGGACAGCUCUACGACUUUGACGACCCUUCAUUCCCAGGACGUUGGACUGGGCCUGACGUCGUCCUGGGACUAUUACGAGGGCCUGACAGGUCGGUUGAUCGAUUCCCGUGGCGAAGUGGUUCUUGCUAGCCAAUAUCGUCCUUGGGAGUCGAAGAACGCCGGUGGUGUCGUGUCUGCCGCAGCACCAACCGGUGAAGGAUUACCAAGUUUUGCAAGUCAAUUUACCGCACCGAGUGAAGCCGAGCCUCAAUUGACGGCAUUGACGCCGUUGUCGCCAGCAUCCAUCUCUCAUUCGCCACCCGUUACAUCAGCCGUGGGUUUGCCCAGUUUUCAUACUCUCGGGACACCUUUACCGGCGCCUCAUCCUCAUCGAGGUAGCGUCGGUUAUCCUCUCGUACCGGCACCCGUUCAAGCGAGAGAGGUACCGGCUCUGCAACAACAGCUACUCGACGAGAGACAUAUUCAACUACUCGGUUCUAGUCCCGUCCAAGCGUUCCCACCACCUCCAGGUCAUCCUCAUCAUACUGUCUUGACCGUAGUCAAGCCCGAGUAUCCGCAACUUCAUCAUGCCAACUUCCAAAACCCAAUGUCGACUGUCCUCGACUCUACACCUACCUCGAGGGCGAUCGGCAUCGACGGACGUAAGAAAGAACGGAGAAAAAUACGGGCUGGCUCGAUGGAGUCCGAAGAUGGUGGCGGAGGUGGUGGUGGCGGUGGUGGUGGUGCCGGUAGCGUUGAAAAUUCUGGUCAAGUCGCGGCAGUAUCCUCUACCGCCAAUCGUGGUCCUCAUCAUAUGAGUGGCGGAAUGGGUGAUGCCGAUGGUGACGGUGGCCUCGGUGAUAAGCCGGCUAAAAAGAAACGCAAAAGGUGCGGGGAAUGCAUCGGAUGCCAACGGAAGGACAACUGUGGAGAUUGCGCGCCGUGUAGGAACGAUAAGAGUCAUCAGAUUUGCAAAAUGAGGCGGUGCGAGAAACUCACGGAGAAAAAGCACCUUUAUCAUUUGCAAACAGGCGAGGGAGCGUUCAGGGAAAGAGGAAGAGGUCGAGGGAAAGGUACCACAAGGAGUUAUCGAAAAAUCGCUCGACAAGUCAGCACGCCAGACAGUGCACCCGCAGGUCUUGGUAGUCCUCAAGCAGGCAUCGGUGGUCUGCAGCAACACCAACAACAACAACAGCAACAGCAAGCGCAGCAGCCUCUGCAUCAGCCGGAUCCCAUGCAGCAGGCCAAGGACAACCUGAACCCCGCGGCGAGUCAGCAAACGGCGGCUCUCAGAAACGGAAAUCCUCCGCCACCCGUUGUCUCCAUGUCUCCCGGAGUAGUGCCAUUUUAUGGAGAUUCUAGUGCUGGUUUUCGACCGGCAGCUGGUUUCGGUAAUACGGUAUGGCAUCAGGGAGUUGGUCCUGUGGGUGCAGUCGCGGUUGAAACCACGCCAGCUGCAUGGCCACCUCAACAAUUUAUUCAACAAAUUCCUGCUCCUAAUCAGUUAGAAGAAUUAAGAUAUCACACUCAAUACAGCACCGCAACGCCUUAUCAUCCUCAGCCAGUCGCGUAUCAACAGCAAACUUUUAUAACUACUGAUCAAUCGGCAUUUCAACGAGCCGGGACUACAGGACAAUAUACAAUUACGGGGCAACCUUCACCCUUAACACCAGUGGCACCACAGACGGCAGCUUCGACACCUCAGAGGCCAUUAAAUGGUCAAUUUAUGGAUCCUGCUUCAACACCAACGCAACCCGUUGGUUACGAAAGACAGGAUUAUGUUAACGGUUACCAGCAGCAGGAUGUGACAAUGGCACCACCACCUUCAACUACUCCAACAAGCCGUAGUAGCUCCGUACACAUGGAUACCCAACAGGCACAACAACCGUCACAGCAGCAGCAACAGCAACCUCCUACGGACACGCAAGUAAAAGGAUUUGCCACAAUUGCUGCGAAUAAUGUGUCGGGAAACGAGAUGCCUGGGUAUCCACUUCAACCGGGCCCACAGAGUUUACACAACUCUAACGGAUAUCCAGGCUACGUGGAAAUGGGUCAACAACAGCUACAAAAUCAGUGGCAAUCACAAGUUGCUCAACAACAUCAGCAACAACAUCAACAGCAGCAACAUUUGCAACGGCAACAUGCUAUGUCGGAUACUAGUCAACGACAUAUAUGGACUGAUACUAGUACGAGUUCAAAAAUCAGUGGUGUAAAUAAUAAUAAUAUGACGUGGUCGGAUUCUACUCUUCAACAACACCAUCAACAGCAAAAGUCUUCAAAGCAGCAGCUUCAGCAACAAAGUAUGCAGAAUACUAUGAAGCAGCAAAAUGAGCAACAACAAGCUAUGCAGCUACAAGGACAACAAGAGUUAUCAAGACCAGGUAGUCAUAUGAGUUGGGAAAAUGGUACCGUAAAGGAACCUCAAACUCCUCAAUCGUGGACUGACAAUACUGAGAAUCAACAACAACAACAGUCUCAACAACAAACUCAGGGAAGUUGGUCACAGCAAAGUCCUAAAUUAAGAGAUACUCAGAACUCAAGAUUGACGCCAUCUACUCAAAAACAACAUCAGGGGUGGCCACAACAUUCUCCAAAAUUACCAGAUCAUCAGCAAAAUCCGUCCCAACAAAGUUCAAGAGUAACGCCUUCUGGUCAACACACGUGGCAACAGAGUAGUCCUGAAAUACAGACUCAACAAAAUACAGGUCAACAAAAUUCGGGAUUAAUUAUAUCCUCUCAACAAAUACAACAGCAACAAUGGUCGCAACAAACCAAACUUGAACAAAAUCCAAGACUGACUCCCUCCAAUCAAAUGACAUGGCCAGACACACCAACUAGUCAACCCAACUGGUCCCCCAAUAGCAUGAAAAGUGAAUCCAGUCAGCAACCUCAACAACAGUGGCCAGAUUCUCAACCUAGUCCAAGAAGAACACCUGGUCACCAAUCUACAACAUGGCAAAAUCAAUCAUCGCAAGAAACUAAAAUGGACAAUCAUAUGACGUGGUCCCCAUCUUCGGUAAGUGAAAAUCAACCUACGUGGGGUCAGCAUACAUCGAAACAAGAUAUGCAAAAUUCUGGAGAAAGAAUCAUGUGGCAACAAAAUGCAGAUAAUAGUAAGAACAAUGGAUAUUCGGAUAAUCAAGAUAACCAUGAAAACAAUGUAUAUGCACAAUCGAAUCGAGUGAAUCUGAACAGUCGGCUUAAAUCAAUGAUUUUAAGCAAACAGCAACAACAACAUCAACAGCAGCAGCAACAUCAACAGCAACAGCAACAACAUCAACAGCAUCAACAGCAGCAGCAGCAGCAACAACAACAGCAGCAGCAACAGCAGCAACAACAACAGCAGCAGCAGCAACAACAGCAGCAACAACAGCAGCAGCAGCAGCAGCAACAACAACAACAGCAGCAGCAGCAGCAACAUCUUCAUCAGCAACAUCAACAGCAACAGCAGCAGCAUCAACAACAACAACAGCAGCAUCAACAACAACAGCAUCAACAACAACAGCAACAGCAGCAGCAGCAAUUGCAACAACAACAGCAGCAGCAGCAAUUGCAACAACAGCAGCAAUUGCAACAUCAACAAAUGCAGCAGCAACAUCAAGUGAAUCAUCAAGAACAGCAGCAGCAUCUUCAUAUGCAUCAUCAAAUGCAAGGUCAGCAUAACAUUAACAACAUUAUUGGAUCAAAUGGAGAAUAUGUCGGAGAUGAUCGAUUACGAGAGUCACAUGAAAAUUCAGAGAAAAUGCAAGAAAAGAGAACGGAUCAGUACCUCAAUCAAUCGACAAUCAUGUCAAUGGCGCAAUCUAAUGAAAAUUUGACCGGUAAUUUUUUAUUGCAUAGCCACCACCCUCGGGUCGAUAGUUUGCCCGAAGGUGGUGGCUUAUUAGAAUGGACAGGAGGUGGAACCAAUUUAACUAAUCAUAACGUACUAACAGAGACCGGUGUGACUGCUAUAGAAAAUUUUAUGAAAUUCGCGACAGAGGAUAAAAUCGUCCUUGAAAAACCUUCUGAGGAACAACAACGUAUGCACGAACAAACCCAGCAACAGUUAUGGAAAGACCAUAAUAAGCAUCACGAUAAUUCUAUUAUAGAAGAAAAGACAUUUCAGCAACAAUGUGUUGAAAAAGAAACACAAAGACUCGAAAAUCUACGAGAAGAAACGAACACAACUAAGAAAGCGAGAGAGGACAACCUUGACUUUAUACAGACUGCGGAUACUUCUGUCAUCAGCAAAAUCGUGGUUGAGAAUGAACAAAGAUCCGUUGAAAUGAAGGCAGACCAGUCAUCCACGAAAGAGGAAGAUAGUUCGGAGGUAAAGUACGCUUCAGAUCAAACCAUCAAGCAGGAGAACAUAGGAGAAUACAAUUGCGCCAUACCCGAAAGCAUUGAAUCCUGCAAUGUUUCUAGAGGAGAAGACCAUACUACGCUGCCUGUAAAAGCUGAACCUGGUCAAACAUCGCAGGAUGCUUCGGACUAUAAAUUUAGAGGCGACGGUGGUCCCGCCAAAGUAUCACCAGGUACUGGUUCAUGGUGCUGUCGGAGAGGUGGCACGGAACAACCUACGCCGGAACACCUGCGCGAAGGUUGUUGCCAAGGUCUUCAGACGAGGGAUGAAAUAUUAGCAGAUUCUCAACAGAAAUCAGACUCUGACAUAAAGAAUGAAGGACCUAAUAGUCCGAAAAGCGGCAACGCGUCAUCGACUACUAAAUUGCAAGAUCAUUUGGACAAACUGAAGAACAAUGUUAGGACCGAAGUACCGGACUGCAACUGCUUUCCUGCCGAUAAAUGUCCACCUGAACCCGGCUCGUACUACACUCAUCUCGGAGCGGCUGCAAGUCUGUCUGAUCUUCGGAACGAUCUUGAAAGAAGAACUGGGCUGAAGGGAAAUGCAAUAAGGUUCGAGAAGGUCGUUUAUACUGGGAAGGAAGGCAAGACUACUCAAGGCUGCCCAAUGGCUAAAUGGAUAAUACGACGAUCCGGCAUCGAUGAGAAGAUCCUUUCCAUAGUGAAACAUCGACAAGGUCAUAAAUGUGCGACGGCAUGGAUCGUUGUAGCCAUGGUUGCUUGGGAAGGAGUUCCAACUCAUGAAGCUGAUCGCAUUUACUCCCUUUUGAGUCACAAAUUAAAUCGCUUUGGUCUUCCAACGACCAGAAGAUGUGGUACUAAUGAACCGAGAACCUGCGCUUGUCAAGGACUUGAUCCCGAUACCUGCGGAGCGAGUUUUUCUUUUGGAUGCUCUUGGUCUAUGUAUUACAAUGGUUGUAAAUAUGCAAGAAGCAAAACUGUACGAAAAUUUCGAUUAUCCGUUCGGUCAGAGGAACAAGAGGUCGAAGAGAGGAUGCACGUUUUGGCUACACUUUUAUCACCUUUAUAUUUGAGCCUUGCACCGGAAGCAUUUAAUAAUCAAACUCAAUUUGAACGAGAAGCAAGCGAAUGUCGAUUAGGAUUUAAACCUGGAAGACCUUUUUCUGGUGUAACGGCUUGUAUCGAUUUCUGUGCGCACUCUCAUCGAGAUCUUCACAAUAUGAAUAAUGGAUGCACUGUGGUAGUAAGUUUGACAAAACACCGAACAUUAGCGAAACCUGAAGACGAACAGUUACAUGUACUUCCUCUUUAUAUCAUGGACGAUACUGAUGAAUUUGGUUCGAAAGAAGGACAAGAAGAAAAAGUUCGUUCUGGGGCUUUAGAAGUUCUGAAUAAAUAUCCCUGCGAGGUCAGAGUUCGAUCGGUUCCUCUUCAACCUUGUCGUCGGCAUGGAAAGAAGAGAAAAGACGAGGAACCCGAUACUGUUGCAAAUAAAAAAGACAUACAAAGGCACACUAACGCGUCCGAUAAAAUAAUAGAAGCAACUCGUGCAGUGAAUCAUCAUGAUUUGUCCAGAACUCCAGCAAGAGAUACGCAAUUAUCCUUAGAAAUGGCUUCAAUGUUCGAAGGUAUGGAUGCGCAAUUACAAAGUUCUCAGGUAUCAUCGACGGUCCUCGAUAGUCCAGUGUCUAUGUAUCAAGGUUGGGGUUAUCAGGGUGAACAACAAUGGAGUCGAAAUGGUUGGCUAGAUCAAAGAAAAAAUAAUUGGUUAAAUCCCUGGGGAGAAUAUGCCUUUGGUGGUUUAGAAAGAGACACUAAAGUAGAUCCUGAUAGCACUAGCUUGGAUGACAUCAGACCACGAAGUACAGUUUCGCAAGAAGAUCAUAGACCAGGUUCAAGGAAUUUACCAAACUCCACUAUGGAUUCGCCAAGAGGUACUUACAGUCAUUCUCCGAGAGGUCAUCCUAUUUCUCCGAGAAGUUCUCAUCCAUGUACACCUGGUGAAGCAGCUUAUGCCAUGUCACCUAGAGGAUGUCCAUCAACACCUCAGGAUCCAAGAAUGGCUUCUCCAAGAAGUUCGGGAUAUCCUACUACACCUGACGGUAGUUACAAUCAUGCAACUUCUGCGAGAAGCUAUCAACAUAUUUUUGAGACCAGACAAAACAAUGCGUCUCCAAGAGCAGGAUACUUUCAUUCACCGACCCAUUUAGAUGUUAUGCAAAAGAAUUUACAAUCACGAAUACAUCAAUCACAAGUAAAUACGAAUAACAUUCGUCAUGUUGGUCAAAAUAACAUGGACAAUCAAUCUAGAAUGAGACAAGAUGCUAGUCAACAAAAAUACUCUGGUGCAUUGUCACAGACUUAUUUAGAAUCACAGAAUUCUACAAGAUUUAUGUUACCAAAAUCACAAACCGAGCCAUCCUUUUCAUCGAGAGUACAAAGUCACUAUCUUUCCCAAUCCGUUCAACUAGGAAGAAACGCUACAUAUCAAAAUCAACAUACCGAUUCUAAUUUAGGGGACGUUUUUCCUGGAUAUAGUGGUACUUCCUGUGUGGAUGGUAAUAGUCACAAAUCACUUGGUGCUACGAACCCAGAUUUCCUUCUUCAGGGUUCCUUAAAUCUUCCAUCUAUUCCUGAUCAACAAAGUGAUGUGCAAGGUCUUCUUAGUUCAAGCGAUCAAAAAAGGUACUUUGGUCGUUUGCAAAGACAAACGGACUUAAAAUCUUCAACAACCCCUCAGUUUCCAACAGUAUCUUCGGAGCAAGGAAGUUAUGGAAGCAGUUGGAACAUGUUUAAUUUAUGGUCUUCCGAAACUUCAAAAUCGAUGGAACAUCAAACUCUCUUUAACGAGCAUCAAAAUGUGGCGGAGAAAAUAAAUAAUCAAAUGGAUCAUCAAAAAAAUUCAACUUGGCCUGAAAGAUUACCAAAUGUUGAUCAAGCAAAGCCAACUUGUUGGGAAACGCAAACCGAACCAUCCCCUUUCCGUAUACCCAAAGGAAGACCACCUUCGAGGACAACAUCGGGUCAACAUUUGUCUACCGAUACCAAUGCUUAUCCAAACACAUUUGCAAGAACUUUUUUAAAACCGCAGGAACCAGUAAGAAAUAAUGCUUUUGCGGAUAGUUUAAGCAAUGGGGUACAAACAUGUGUAUCCAAUCAGAACCAUCAAAAACGAACAGAUUGGCAUGAUGAGAAAUUAAGAGAAGGAUUUCAUGAUGGACGACAAGAGAUCGUUAAUUCGAAUACCAGUUCUUUAGCUUGGGCGGAAGAAAUGAAGCAAGUCCAAGAUUUACACGCUAUGUCAAGCUUGGGCCAUCCUCACGCAUUUCCACAAUACGGUUAUCCUACGUACCCAGUUUUUGAAAAACCAUAUCCAAAUUCUUGGGAAGGUUACAAUUAUCAUCAGCCUUAUCACCCACAAGCCGCACAAUAUCCUCCGCAAUUUUAUCAACAACCUAAAAGGGACGCCUGCUUCCAUUCUCCACAAUAUCCGUAUCAAGGUAUACCACCGUAUCAGAGUUUAAAUACAGGCUGGCCAAGAUGGGAAACUUCUCGUUGGGACAUUUAUGGACCUCCACCAUACUUCCCGGUACUUCCUGAGCCACCACCGAAAGCGGAACCACUUGGUGAGGUAGCCGAUUAUUCCGACAACGAAGAGUGCUUCAAAGAUCCACAAAUGGGAGGAGUUGCUAUAGCUUUAGGUCAUGGUAGUGUUUUAUUCGAAUGUGCGAAACAUGAGAUGCACGCAACGACGGCCUUGAAGAAACCCAAUCGUCUUAAUCCGACUAGAAUCAGUUUGGUGUUCUACCAACAUCGUAAUCUUAAUAGACCAAGACACGGUUGGGACGAAUGGGAAGAAAAAAUGAGAUUGAGGAAGUUGGGCGUUGUAACGACAACGACUACCAGCUCGUCGGGUACAUCACCGUUGGUGUCCACAGCAGUUACUAGUCCAGCUAGUUCGGUGAAUAACGAGAAGCUACCACCACUUCCUCACAUAUCUACCGUACCAAAUUCACAAUUCAUGAUGAGAUCGCCAACGUAUACAACCAUGACCUGGACAACGCUUUUUCCUAUGCAUCCGUGUAUGAUAACAGGUCCGUAUCAAGAAGGAGGAGCCAUCGGAUGAGCCAUUAGCGGAAAGUACGAUUCCAAUCGACCGUGAUUGCGGAUCGUACCUGGGUUUGAGCGAAUAACUUAAAAAAAUGAGGGUACAGCGAAGAAUAGGAGGGAUCAUUGUUCGUAUAGCCAUAUUGGUGAGGUGUGCCUGACCGGCACUAAAAAUAGGAACGAUCCAUAUAGAGUUGAGCCGAACGAAAGCGAUAGAGUGCGAGUGAGAGAUAGAGAGAAAGAGAGAGAGAAAGAGAGAGACAGAAUGAAAGAAUGGAAGAGGCAUUGCACGAAUCGGUAUCAACUCAUUUCCAAAACCCGUUCUAGACGUAUAUUCUUCUUUUUUUUCUCUGUAAGAUGCUCUAACGGGAAGACUUUAGAACUAAAGAACAGGAACAGAAAUUGUCCAAAUAUGUAUUUUGGAGCGCAUUAUUUUAAUAUUGGAGUAGUUUGUUAUCGACGGAGCAACAAAACCAAUCGCACUGCCAUUUUUCUAUCAUACGUUUUGUGCGCGAUACAAAAACACGAAACGAAACCGGUUAAUGUGUCUCGAUAAUUAAAAAAGAAAGAAAGAAACGUGAAAAAAAUAAAGAAAAGAAAAAAUAGAUGCUGCGCGCCCAUAACGAACGACAAUUAGGGCGUCCAUCGCGUGAUCUCCCCUCUUUUUUGGGGCUUCCUUUUUUUAUACGAAACUUUUGUUAGAUUCACGGUAAGAUGAUUACGUGUUAAACAAAAGAAAUAAUUAAAAGAGCGCGCGCACGAGGCGGAUGAUGAAAGUUGAUGGAAAAGGCAAGUCACACACGCAGGUAAUCGGGAAAGAGAGAGAGAGAGAGAGAGAGAGAGAGAGAGAGAGAGAGAGAGAGAGAGAGAGUGGGAGAGGGAGAGAAAGAAAGGCAUAGGAAGAUUAAAUAAGAAUAAUAAAUCGGAAAAGUAUGAAAAAUCGGAAAAGAUAUUUGUCAUAAUUCUACAAUGUGGAAGAAUAAACAAAAGAAAAGAUAGGGAUAUGAAUUAUCGCGAAUUUGAGAUUGAACUUGAAACGCGUAAAAAAUAAUAGCGAUCAAUUUGAUGUCUUACCGUGCACAUGGCUUUGAUACGAUAAACUUUAAAGAAAACACAAAACAUAAGUAAAAAAAGAAAAAAAAAAUAAAGAAAAAAGUAAAAAGUGUUAGUAUAUUUGACCGUACGCUUAAAGUUAAAGAUACCGCGUUUUACGCGCAGAUGAGGAAAGAUCACAGGUUUCGUAUUGGUAGCAUCGUAAUUUUUCUUAGCUAGUCUACGCCUAGGCAACCGAAUACGAAACGCUGAAGUAGACCAUUUGCACACGCCUGCGUUCAUGGACAUUGCAAAUAUCAUGGACGAAAAAGAAAAUAAAAAAGGAAACAGCAACGUUUUGGAACGUUCUAUUCGCGCGUCGUUAUUAUUAUCUGGCACAUUCUUUUACACAUUUACGAUGCCACAUGUUCCAAUUGAUUGACCUACUUGUCCAGCGAAGCGUUUCGAACGUUGAAAAACAGUACAUUCACACAUACACAUAACCACAAACAAGAAAACGAACAAGUAGGUGUAACCUCUUAGUUUCGAAAAUUUUUUCGCGAAAGUCAUGAGAGAUUGCACAAUUGUACAUUAUCGUCAUUACUAUACCACAAUUACCGAGUAUUUUUCCAGAAGGGUUCGUGUUACACACAACAUCUAUAUUCACGCAUAUAUACAAACAUACACUCAAACAUACACAUGCACAUACAUCAUUGUGUGAAGAGAAAGAGAAAGAGAGGGUUAAAGGAAACAUAGGUACACGUACACACACGAAAGAAAUGAUCUCAAGUCUUAAUAACUAAUUAAACGAUAAAUAUUCUCCUUUUCUCUUUAUAGCCUUUGUAAAUCGCGCUUGUUAUUAUUCUAUACAUAUUCAUAUUUAUUUGUAUGCACGCGUUUGCACCUGUAGUUGUUCACUAAGUAAGUCGUGAGAUAUGGAAAAUAGUUGGAGAAGGCGCGGAUUAUUAAAAUACUAACCAUUCGUCCUUCGGGUCGGCUGAGUACAAAGCAUUUUUUCCUAACAAUCAUGCAAUACGAUUGCAUGCAGGGAUGACGUUAUUAAAUCUUUUAUUAUCUCCGUUUUGUUUCUCUUUUUUUUUAUCUUUUAUUUCGGAAAGGUACUACGUCUUCUCCGAAAAAAAAAAAGUUUUGACGUUCUUUACUUUAUCGGCAUGUUUUUCUUCUUUUCUUUUCUUGUUUUUAUUUUAUUUUAUUUCUUUUUAUAUUCUCAAUUAUAAUUGAGAUUGACUUUUUUUUACGUACAUCCUACGUAUAUUGUAUGUUGAAUAUUGAUGUUUAUAAUAUUAUCUAUUUCCCAUUUUUAAGGUACACGAGAUAAAAGCGAAUGGCAUUGUUAAGUGCUAUCGCAAAAUAAGAUAAAGUAAUUUAUCGAAAGUUGACAUUAAAUAGCGCGAGUUUUUUUUCUUCUUUUCUCUUUUUUUUAUUUUUUUAUUUUUUAAUUUGAAUGGGUUACUGUAUUGUUAUACCCUUCUCGAGGUUUUAGGCGGCUCUAUAACGAUGACUAAUCUUUUCAUUUUUUUUUCAUCAUUGACGAUAAAAUAAAAACGAUUUGAUUUUUUAUCGUUCGGCCUUUGUAAAUAUUAGGCGACUGUUAUUAGUAAUUUGGAAAUGCCCCGGUUCUUGAUGAAGCACAUUUUUAUAUAAUCUUUUGUCAGUUUCUUUUUAGCUAAUAAGAUUAAUUAAUAAUAAUUAGAGAAAAAGUGUAUGCGCGUGUGGAUGGAUGAGAGAGAGAGAGAGAGAGAGAGAGAGAGAGAGAGAGAGAGAGAGAGAGAGAGAGAGAGAGAGAGAGAGAGAGAGAGAGAGAGAGAGAGAGAGAGAGAGAGAGAGAGAAAGGGAGAGAACGAGAAA